GGGAUCCUCUCGCGCUCCACUCAGUCCCCUGUACUCAACAGCAGCAGCAACAGCAGCAGCGCUCAGUGCAAAACCAGAAGAAGUAGAAGCUCGUGCACCUAAACGGCGCAUCUUUGAGACGAAGAUCAAAGCAGAGAAGACGAAGAGCAAGAAAAGAAAGGAGGAGAGAAAGAAUGGAGGCAGGAAAGAUGGACAGUUUGGGAGUUUUAUCGCUCAUCGUCCUAGCUGUGCGGGCGGCUUUCGGCCAGUUCCACUCCGAGUGCUACACGGUGAACGGCGAGGACUACCGGGGUCGGCAGAACCAGACCAGCCUGCAGGGAGGGAAACCCUGUCUGUUCUGGAACGAGACGUUCGAGCACCCGUACAACACCCUCAAAUACCCCAACGGAGAGGGAGGACUGGGGGCUCACAACUUCUGCAGGAAUCCAGAUGGAGACGUUCGGCCAUGGUGCUACAUCGCGGAUCAGGAGGAUGGAAUCUACUGGAAGUUCUGCGAGAUUCCGAGCUGUCAGAUGCCGGGUAUUCUGGGAUGUUUUAAGGAUAACGGUCACCCCCCUCCGCUGGCCGAGAGCUACCAGACCUCGAAGACCCUCACCAUCCAGAACUGCAUCAGCUUCUGCCGCAACCAGAGAUACAAACUCGCCGGAAUGGAGUCGGGCUACGCCUGCUUCUGCGGAAACGACCUGGACUACCACCUCCGCGUGCCCAGUCUGGAGUGCAGCCACGUGUGUUUCGGGGACCAGCAGCAGCCGUGCGGAGGAGACGGGCACGUCAUCGUCUUCGACACUAAAGUGGGAGCGUGUGGUGGAAACUACACAUCUGAGUCGGGCGUUAUCUACUCACCCGACUUUCCAGACAAAUACUCACCGGGACGGGUCUGCUACUGGACCAUCCAGGUUCCAGGAGCUUCGUUCAUCAUCUUUAACGUCACCUUCUUCAGCAUCAUGGACCAGGCGGACAUGGUGGAGCUUCUGGACGGCUACACCAAUCAGGUGAUGAAUAGAUUCGAUGGGCGGAACCCACCGCGGGAAAUCGUCAACAUCACCACCGACUUCGUCAUUCUGUACUUUUAUUCGGACAGAACCAACGAGGCCCAGGGCUUCUCCAUGAUUUAUCAAGCUUUUAGACUGCAGGACAGCAGACCGGUUGAAGAGGACAGUGAUUAUGAAGAAGCUAACAGCACCGUCGAGCCGCCGCCCGGAACCACCACGGAGAAAUCCAACGCCAGCCACAACGAGAAAUCCUCCCAGAUCCUCGUCAUCACGUCCAGCCCUGGAAAACCGGACACCGACAUGCCAGGUCAGUGGCUCGGACGCGGCCGGACCACGGGCCACAGCACCAUGUGGACCGUUUACGCCCUCGCCGGCCUGCUAACGCUAACUGUGUUAGCCAUGGUGGCGAAGCUGCUUCUGCACGUCACUGUAAAAUCUCCCACCAUCCCCACCAUCAGUGGGGCGGAGUCGUGCGCCCAGAGCUCCGCCUCCGAGCCCUGGAUCAUCUUCUACAGGCCCUCCACCAUCUCGCUCUUCAAGAAGAAGCUGAAGAACCACCACAGUGACCUCAGCCCGCUGGUGGGCAACUAGCUGCCCGUCUGCUCGGACUCUACGGCUGCUGUGGGCCCGUGCAGAACACUCACACACUUAUACACACUCACACACACUCACACUCACCCGCACCGCGGGUCUGCAGCACCGGACUGCAUCUAACCGGCCCGGCAACGCUGAGGAAACCCACAGCAACAGCAACAGCAGCAGCACAGACCAGAUAAGCUAAGCUACGCUAAGCUAAGCCAACUGGACGCCGUUUGCUAGAUGCUGAAAUUACCACUAGUUCACGAUGGACAAUCGGACAUCGGUGAAUCCACAGGGAAUCUGAUUGGAUGCGGAGGCAGGUCAGGGGGCGUGGCCUCCAGUGGACAAUGCUGCGAAGGUGACGGGUAAACAGAACAAGACCGUUUUUUAGUUUUUUGGCUUUUUUGCACUAAAAAAAAAUAAAAUUGACCAAACACAAAGGAUAAAUAGGAAAAAGGAAACCCCAAGCUGUUUUUUAUUCGCAGCUCGUCUCUUCACUGCCGAGAAGCAGUGUUUUUCUCUUUUUCUGCUUCAUGAAAAAGAAGAACGUAAACAAGCGUCACACGUUGGCCGACUACGCCACUUCUCUUUCAGCCACUUUCAGCUGUUUUUCCCAGUUUUGGACACAGAAACACUAACAAAAGUCACCGAACAGUGGAGAAAAGGACCAAACAGGCUUUUUUUAUCAGUAACAAAAGUCUGCAGAAUAAAAAAAAGAGCAGAUCAUUUGUUUGUUCUGGACCAAAACCACCACACCAGAUAAGAAUCUGAGAGUCUCACCGUGGAACAAACUCGCCGAAACCCGAGCCGCCGCCGCAGACAAUCGGCUCUCCUCAGAGAGAGAAACGCGAGUGUUUCGCUUCUUUCUCGCCGUCGCAAAUGUAGGUCGCUCCUUUGUAAGCGAACAGAGCGGCCGCUGUAAAUCGGCGGAGGAUGAGGGACUCAGAUAAAGCGGCGGAUUCGGUUCUCCGAGGGAACACUCUGCGUUCCCAAAUGAGACGCCAAACAAAAGCCCAGACGGCCGUAAUGACGGACGUAAAGACGGACCAAACGACUGUGUGUUCUGAGGCGAAUCCCCGUCUGAAAGGCUAAAAAACGAGAGACUGCUGUAACGGAUUCCUCUCAGAAACUCUUUCUCAGACUGUUCCUCAGUAUUCGUAUCGUUUUCUAUUCGUCGCUGGUUCUGAUCUGUGUGUUUUUUCGUCUUCCUCGUGUCUGGAAGUGCCUUAAGGGUUGGGAAAUCUCGCGGUGUGUUUUUUUGUCCUGUAUCUGUCGGCGUGUCGUUAACGCCACCACUGUCUUUAAUCUUCGUUAGUGUUUUGCUGGUGUUUAGAAGACGUGAGGUUGGGUUAAACACAAUAGAGGUUUUAUUUUAUUUUUUUCACUUCUAUUUUCGUGUGAAAGCAGCUCCGCUCUGAGCUUGUGGUUCUGCUGGGUUGAGCAACUCUCCGCACCACAGCUGGAGUCGCCCAAAACAAUAUGCAUUAAAGCGAUACAUCCCACAGAUCACGAAUUCAAACUCUAGGAACUAGUAUUGGGUCCCAUGACUUUUGGCACAUUUCCAUGGAAGCUUAAGAAAACAGCUAGUCAUGAUCAAUACCGACCACUGCACUUGCUGUCCACUGUGGGUGGAAAUUAGCCUUCAAUGUUAGGCGAUAUGAUAUUAUCAUGAUACAAUAAUAUCACGAUAUGAUAUUAUAACAAUAAGAUAUUACCACGAUACGAUAUUAUCAUGAUACAAUAACAUCACUGUACGAUAUUAUUACAAUAAGAUAUCACUAUAUGAUAUUAUCACAAUAAGAUAUUACCACGAUACGAUAUUAUCACAAUACGAUAUUAUCAUGAUACAGAAUUGUUACAACACGGUACUAUAUAAUUAAGAUACAAUAUUAUCAUAAUACAGUAUUAUUACAAUGCUAUAUCACAAUAUGAUAUUAUUACAAUAUGAUAUUGUCACGAAACAACAUUGUUACAAUAUUAUUAUGAUACAAUAUUAUUGCAAUAUAAUAUUAUCACAAUAUAAUAUUGUUGCGAUAUGAUAUCACAAUAUGCUUUUAUCACAAUAUAUAAUACUAUAUUAUUAUAAUGUAAUAUUACAAUACAAUAUUAUUACAAGCAACUUUGUGGAAUCCAGAUUCCACAUUCAGUGCAGAAGACUCAGAUUCAGUGCAGCGUUGUUUAGCUUCCAUGGGACAUGCAAAUGUCCUGGGACAUGAUUCUACUUCCUGUGACUUUUGAUUUUUUGUGGAAACGUGUGAUAAGAGUCCUCUCAGCCUCACCAAGCACUUCUUUUAUCGAUUUAUACUGCUGAAUUAAAUAUAAUUAAUAUCUUAUACCUAUAACUUCAAGCUCUUAAAAGUCUUAUUUGAUAGAUAAUUAAUUAUAAUCAAUUAACAGUAAAAUAAAAAUGUAUAGCAGAAUGACUCAGAACAGAGCUUUUAUUCUACAAAGUUACUCCAAUAAUUCAGUUUAACACCCUCACCAGAGUUUAUACACCAUCAGGAUUAAUCUGUUCAACACCACCUGAAAAGCUCUGAUUAUUAUUUCCCAGCAAAUCAAUAAAACCAGAGUGAAAAUAAACUGGAGUGAACCACCGUUCAGCUCCACCCACUAGAUCAGUUAAUGAAACAUUUCAAUUUCAAUUCUGCUGGUUGAGAACUAGAGACAGUACACAGCAAUUAGCAGACUUCUUCUGAGGGUGGGAUCUGUACCUACUGUCCUUGGCAAGUCAGCAGAUUUGCUUAAAAGUGACAGAGCCUUUAAAUGGCUUAUUUUGAACUUCAUAAACAUCACCAUUCAGGGCUAUUAAAUGCCCUCUUAAAAAAGUCUUGUUAGCGUAAUGCUAAUCAGUGACUGUUUUCUAAAUGUAAUUGUGUUUACUCUCCAUGUUAGCCACUGUUAGCCACUUCUGUUAGCAUUCCUGAUUUAAAUCGACUGUUUCAAGAGGAUUCAAGCAGCACUUCUUUGUUUUAGGCAUAAUAUAUUAGGAUUUCAUAAAAAUAAUAUUAAUGAUAAAAUAAUAAUAAUGGAAUAUUACAAUUAAAGCCAAACCUUUUCUUUUCUUUCCUUCUUUCAUAUUUCAGGCUUUAAAUCGCGGGUUUUGCUUUGUUUUACUCUUUUGUUCGUUCUGUAAAUGUUUGUAAAUUGUGAUGAUGAUAAUAUUAAUUCAUAUUAAAGCAGCAGUCCCUAAGAUUUUCGGGAGUUGGGAAGGGACAAAACAUAGCAAUUAAUAGUAAUGGUGUUCUGGCAUAGACAGCCCUUCAACAUUUUAGAGUAUAUUCAUUUUAAAAACUAUUAAAGUGGUCUGGUAGGUUUGUUGGAUGUAAUUGCUCUCUAUAUAAUAAUAGACAUCGGAUGGUUUUUCAUUAAAUUACAAAAUAAUAUAAUAUACACUAUACUUAAAAACAUCUAUAUUAAAAGUACUUUUCCAUAAGCUCUGUGCAGUUACACAUUUUCACCAGAGGGGGCUUUAAAUCCACAAAACGUACAGACUUACGGACUGCUGCUUUAAUGUAUUUAAUAAUAAUAUUAAUAAUGUACUCUUCAGCUGUUUUUCUCCACGUCCAGCUUUAUGCUUUUGUCUUUUUUUUAUAUAUGUGUAUGUGUGUGUGUAAAGCUGAUCUGUGUUCAGUGUGUACAGGGUGUGUACAGUGUGUGUGUGUGUAUAUAUGUGUGUGUGUAUAGCAGAGAGAGAGAGAGCAGAGAGGAUGUUUCGUAGACGGGCGACCAAAGACUGAUCAAAAGGCCGUUCAGUAAGCUGACCCCCCCGGUCACCCCGGUCACUGUCGGGCUUCCAGUAACGUCCUGCUUCUUCCUGUGUGUCCUCCGCCAUAAUUACUGCCCCAAAAUAUCUCACACACACACACUCACACACACACACACACACACUUACACACUCAUCACUUCCAGUCAGAGAGAGAGGAACACACAGCUUAUCCAAUCACAGAGAAAUAAACCAAAACUGACAGCUCGCAUUAACAGGGUCACGUCUGCAGGACCGGAUGAAUAAUGAAGAACGGAGGAUUUAGAGAUUUCAGCUGCGCACCAGACACAGCUCACCACAUCACGACAUCGCACAACAUGACACAACACCGCACAACAGCGCACAACACCGUACAACAAUAAACAACACUGUACAACAAUGAUACAGCUCUGUACAUAACCACACAAACACUUAUCAUCACCAUUCAGCAAAUAAUCAACACCUUACAACAGUGCACAACAUGAUACAACAAUAAACAAUACUGUACAACCCUGUACAACAGUGCACAACACCGUACAACAAUGAUACAGCUUUGUACAUAACCAGACAAACACUGAUCAUCACCAUUCAGCAAAUAAUCAACACUGUACAACAGCGCACAACAUGAUACAGCAAAAAACAUCACUGUACAACAAUAUACAAGCCUGUACAAUGCCGUACAACAGUUCAGAACACCACGAAACAGUAUACAACACCGUACAACAAUGAUAAAGCUCUAUACAACACAAUACAACACCAAACAACACAAUACAACAGUAUUCAACACCGUACAACACCAUAAAACACCAUACAACAGAAUUGAACACUGUACAACACAGUACAACACCUGUACAAUGCCAUACAACACUGUACAACAAUGAUAAAGACCUGUACAAUGCAGUACAACACUGUACAACAAUAAUACAGCUCUGUACAUAACCACACAAGCACUUAUCAUCACCAUUCAGCAAAUAAUCAACACCUUACAACAUUCUAAAACAGUGCACAACACCAUACAACAAUAGACAACCCUGUACAACAGUAUACAACACUGUACAGUAAGGUACAAUAGGACAUACCACACUGUACCGCACUGCACAACAAUGUACAAUACCACUUUACCCCGUACAACACUGUACAACACUUUUAAACACCAUACAACCCAAAACAAUGCUGUAGAGUGAACACACAACAGGGUACAACAAUGAAAAACACAAAUACAAUACUGUUAUACACAUAUCAUAGUACAAAACCCUAUAACACCAAACACCAAUAACACUGUUCAGCACACUCUCAACACCAAAAAUCUUAUAUAACUACCGAACUCUAUAACCUCAUCAGUACAACAGGGUACAGCACAAAACCAACACCACUUCACCAUGCAACACCGUACAACACCGCAAAAUACUUUACAGUACGCACUCAACACCACACAAUAUACAAUACACCAUUGUACAAUACUACACAACACUGUACAUCUUAACUUUUUCCAAAAAUCAGUGUGAGAAUCCCUACAGGAUCUGAAGAGGGCACUUUCAGGGACAAAAUAAAAGAAACAGUUGGGGAAAGGGAUGUUUUGAUGAAAUUGUAAAUAAAAUAGUGAGAUUUUAAUUUAUACAGUAAAUUAUUGUUAUUUUGGACUUUAAAUGGGACAUAAACUAUCUUUUGUACAAGUGAAGUACGUUUGUAGUUUUUAUUUAAUGUGUUCUGACUGCAAAUAAAUAUGCAUGUUUCUUAAAACCCCGGCGUCCUGAGUUUCUCGCCUCGCUCUGAAAUUCAUCAGCGAAAACAAAAGACAUUACCAUACAGAGAACGCAUUAACAAUGCAGAGUGCGGCGCGUCCUGCAGCGGAGAGACACUGUUUACUGAAAUUGUUGCUGAAAGAUUCAUGCUGAGGCUCUGUUUCGGGGCAAAAUGUCAGAAAUGUGCAUUAAUACAGAUUUUUUUACAGGCUUUUCAUAUUCAGACCUUAUUAUGAAGGGUUUUAUCAUGAAUAAAAAUGACUUGAGUUUUAAUUCA